CCAUUUAUAAUGCUCCAAACUCCAAAUUCUAAUGCUGAUUAAGGAGGUCAAGAUCAAUUUGUAGGGUUAAAGCUGGGAAUGUGGGAUUGGGGAAGAAAAUUAGAAAUGUAAAAUUAUCAUUUAUAAUUUUAUAUCAUUCAUCUUUUUAUUCCAGGAAGAUCCGAAUCGCCUCUUGAACCAUGAUGAACCCUACUCUUGCACAUCAGCAAACUAUCAACGCAACAUAUACUGAUUAACAGAAAAAUGUCGUCUUUAUUACUCUUUAAAGCCUCGCGCGGUUCGCGCAGUACAUCGAGACAGCUUACGCUCGAACUCCUCUCAUUAAAAUGUUGCCUUUGCUCUUCACAUUUGUCUGACUCCACUGAUCUUCUCAACCCAAAUCCUUAUCCCCAAACCCCAAUCAUCAAAUUAAGUUUCAGUUUUAAAAUCAAGAAACGCGAUGGGUUUGCUAAGGAUCAAUUGAAAUCCAUACCAUGGUCUUUGACAGGAGAGAAUGCUCGUUUCUUGAGUUCACAUGCUGGGUAUUCCGUAGAUGAUGAGCCUUCUACAAGCGAUGGGCUUACAGUGGAGGGAAUAAUUAGAAACAAUUGGGUUGUUCUUGAUGAGAGUGAAAGCGAUUGGAAAAGUCAUGCUUCUUCCAUUGCUCUGUCCAUUCAACUUAUCAAGAAACGCUUAAAGUGGAAAAAGCUUAUUGAUAGGAUUGAGGUAUUAUCAGCCGAGCUCAACAAAACAGAUCUUUGGGAAGAUGCUGUUAGAGCAGGAAAUUUAAGCAGGGAACAUGGCUCUCUGACAGGUAAAAUGGAGGAGGUCAAGGCAUUUGAGCAAGAAUUGCUUGAACAUGUUGAUAUGAUUAAGCUUGCUGAGGAAGAGAAUGACAAAGAUUUGCAAUUGGAAUCACUAACAGCACUAACAAAGAUUAGAAGAAGACUAAAAGAAAAAGAACUUGAAGCUUUACUGUCAGGGGAGCAUGAUUCUUGCUCUUGUUACAUCGAGGUUCAAGCUGGUGCUGGUGGUACCGAGAGCAAUGACUGGGCUUCAAUGGUCAUGCAAAUGUAUAAAUUAUGGGCUCAGCGUCGAGGAUUUGAAGUUACUGUAGUUGAUGAAAUGCCUGGUGAAAUGGCAGGAAUAAAGCGCGCAACAAUCAAAGUUGAUGGUGAAAAUGCAUUUGGAUAUGCCAAAGCAGAAGUAGGAGUGCAUCGCUUAGUACGCAUAUCACCAUUUGAUAGUGCUAAGCGGAGACAUACUUCAUUUGCUGCUGUUGCUGUAAUACCCAUUCUAGGUGAUGGGUCUACACGGGUUAAAAUUGAGGAAUCUGACCUUCGGAUUGAACGGUUUCGGGCAGGAGGAGCUGGCGGUCAACAUGUGAAUUCAACUGAGAGUGCUGUGAGGAUUACUCAUGUCCCUACAGGAAUUACUGCUUCUUGUCAAAAUGAAAGGUCACAACAUCAGAACAAGGCUUCUGCCAUGGCCGUGCUUCAGUCUCGGUUGGACCAACUUGAGAUGGCUCGUCAGGCUCAAAUGAAUUCACAGCACACGCAAUCUCUCACUGAUAUUAGCUGGGGCAAUCAAAUACGCACCUAUGUACUCCAACCGUACCGGAUGGUCAAAGAUCUCCGGACUAAUUAUGAGGUUUCAGACCCUGAUUCCGUUCUUGAAGGGGACCUGGAUGACUUCAUCUUGAAGUACCUUUCAGUAUCAUUUGAAGGAUAGCAAAUGACCUUUCUACCCCAAUGAGUGGAUCCUACCAAUUGACGGCAAAGUUGGCUGAAAAGAUUAUAGCGACCAUUAUAAUGGUAGGAUCCAUUCAGUAAUUCCUCAAACAUUCAAGUUUUUGGGUAUUUAAUUGUUAUAAUUUGGUCCUUGGACAAAUAAUUGCUAUCUGUCCUCUUCUUUCCCUCCAAAUGGCAUUGUUCUCUUACAUCCAUCCAAUACAUGUUGUUUGGAAGCUUACCCUACCAUUUUGAGAGUUUAUCCAACAGAAGCAAAGAACAGAAAACAUUUCAGCGACCCCGGUGAAGUACGGGAAAUGUGAAGAAUACAGCUGGUUGGUUGAGUCUUACGGUAUAAAUAGCACAACUCCCUCCGUCCCGACUGAAUCUUGACGUUUGCUUUUUGCACGUGUUUAAGGGAACCAAUUAGUAUGACCCUUUGCCUUUUGUUACUCAGCUGAGAGGGAGGUUUCCUGCUGUCUGGACGGGUGAACAGUACUAGUCAGUGAGAGCUGAUUCUUUA